AUGGAAGAAUUUGUAAACUGUGAGGAGCACAGUGUGGAAUUCCGAAAGGACAUUGACACAUUGGUGGAGUGGGCAGAUAGGUGGCACAUGAGGUUCGAUGCAGUAAUAUGUGAAGUGAAGUACUUUGGUUGGAAGAACGUUGAAAGACAAAAUCUGGGAUGUUUGUCUGCUUUGUCUCCUCUUCAGGUGAAACUGCUUCUACAGGAACUUUAUCAGAACAAAAAGAUUGCCAACGCCACACACAACAUCUAUGCUUACAGGAUAUACUGCGAGGACAAACAGACAUUCCUGCAAGACUGUGAAGAUGAUGGAGAAACCGCAGCUGGUGGACGCCUUCUGCAUUUACUGCAGAUUUUGGACGCACGCAAUGUACUGGUCAUUGUUUCUCGGUGGUAUGGAGGCAUCUUACUCGGCCCUGAUCGCUUCAAGCACAUCAAUAACUGUGCAAGAAAUAUUCUUGUUGAUGAAGGCUAUGCCGAAUUAGCGGGUGAAGGGUCAAGGACAUCAAUAAAGAAGAAAAAGCCAAAGAACAAGCGGGGAAAAUGAUCAAAGGAAACAACACAGAAAUUUUAUAAUUAAUGAGGAAAGUGAAAGCAGUGGAUGCUCCAUUCUCAAAUAUCAGUGCCAAUCAUUUCACGACUGCAAAGACAGAAAAAUGGAAAGACAGAGAUAAACAAAACCAAAAGCACUCAACACCUCUGUGUUUUCUGUCAUAUUUCAUUGAAAGCGGUUUUGCCUCCUCACAACCAUGUAGUUGCCACUGGCUACACAGUCCCUAAAGAUAAUUCAAACCAAGACAUUUAUUUGCUGUAGGUUCCCUGGAGCCGUGGUUGGGGGAAAGAAAUUGAAGUCUCGAGUAUAAAGCCCUUUGCCCAUGAGCAUUAAUGUUUAAAGGAGACAUUUUAAAUUCAUGCAGAAUUCAUGGUAUGUGUGUGGUAUUCAAAUAAAUGUAGAUGAACGCUU